CAAUCAUAUUGUUUUUACAAAAGCUAAAAAAGAUGUACAUACUUUUUGCUAUUUAAUCUUUAAAGAGAGUAUAGAAUUUCAACAAACCCUUCCGAAGAAAGUGACUUUUCUUAGUCCUAUUAAUACUCUCUCUCUCUCUGGAGAUCUGUUAUUUCGUUUUCUCCACCUUUCUCUUCAGAUUCCAUUAACCUUCAAAAGUUUUAAAUACAUGCUCUCUGCUCAAAGCGUUUUUCUUUCGUUACUUGUAAAGUAAAACACAGAGCUCUCUUCUCUUUCAUCGUUCCUUUGCUCAGCAUUGCAGCUUUAAUAAACCAAAAUGGGUAGACAUUCUUGCUGUUACAAACAAAAGCUGAGGAAAGGGCUUUGGUCUCCUGAAGAAGACGAGAAGCUUCUCAAUCACAUCACAAAUCACGGCCAUGGCUGCUGGAGCUCUGUCCCUAAACUCGCUGGUUUGCAGAGAUGCGGAAAGAGUUGCAGACUGAGAUGGAUCAAUUACUUGAGACCUGAUUUAAAGAGAGGAGCUUUCUCUCCAGAGGAAGAAAAUCUCAUCGUCGAGCUUCACGCUGUCCUCGGAAACAGAUGGUCACAGAUUGCAGCAAGGCUUCCGGGAAGAACCGAUAACGAGAUCAAGAAUCUGUGGAAUUCAAGUAUCAAGAAGAAACUGAAACAAAGAGGCAUUGAUCCAAACACACACAAACCCAUCUCUGAAGUUGAGGGCUUUAGCGACAAAGACAAACCAGCAACAAGCGACAAUAAAAGAAGCAGCAACGAUCAUAAGUCUCCGAGUUCCUCCUCUGCAACCAACCAAGACUUCUUCCUAGAAAGGCCAUCUGAUUUCUCCGACUACUUCGGUUUUCAGAAGCUUAACUUCAACUCCAACCUCGGACUCUCUGCUGCAACUGAUUCUUCACUCUGCUCCAUCAUUCCGGCGCAGUUUAGCCCCGGAAACAUGUCUGGUUCUGUCUUCCAGACUCCGGUAUGCGUAAAGCCUUCAAUUAGUCUUCCUCCGGACAACAGUUCGAGCACCGUCUCCGGAGGAGAUCAUGUGAAACUGGCUGCACCUAAUUGGGAAUUUCAGACAAACAACGCCUCCAGUUUCUUCGACAAUGGCGGAUUCUCAUGGUCAAUCCCAAAUUCUUCUUCUUCACUAGUCAAACCCAAUCAUAACUUCGAAGAAAUGAAAUGGUCAGAGUAUUUGAACACACCGUUCUUCAAUGGGAGCACUGUACAGAGUCAAAGCUCACAACCGAUCUACAUCAAAUCAGAGGCAGAUUACUUAGCCAAUGUUUCGAACAUGACAGAUCCUUGGAGCCAAACCCAGAACGAGAAUUUGGGCACAAAUGAAGCUACUGACGUGUUCUCCAAGGAUCUUCAGAGAAUGGCCGUCUCCUUUGGUCAGUCCCUUUAGCUUUUUUUUUUUCUUCUUUUCUUUAUUCUAACAGAUGUAGAGAACAAAAAAAUAUACAAUACAUACAUACGUACAGUGGAUUUAAGUCUGUAUAUUCCAUGAGCUGUCUUUAUUUUUACAUUUUUUAAGUGUGUUUUAUACGUCAAAUAUUCUUCUAUUUUUUGCAAACCUUUCAGUCUCAUACUAUAUAUACACUUUUAUUUCUUUUGUUUUGUUAUAAAGAUUAUGAUGCAUAGAAUUCUCGAUGAUUUCAGAGGCCUGUGUUUGCAAUUAAUCUGUUGAAGAACAAUGAUGAAAGUAAUAAAUCAGUUUCUGUCUGUUUCCGUGAACGAGUUGUAAUCCAGAGUCACAU